AUGAGCGGUCUGGAAGUAAUUGCACUAGUGCCUUUCGGCGUGGCCGUCUGGAAGCUGUUCCAGAAGUUAGGCGAUCAGCAGUCUCUCAUCGAGCAACACGAAAUCACCAUUAAUAGUCAAAAAGAGAUGCUAGAGUCCAUUGUCAGUCCAGAGAGUCGCUCUCAGUUUACCUGGGCACAAACCGCCGCCGCCAUGGGGGUGGUGGGACUGUUGGCCUCCAUCGCAUACAAAUCGAUAGGGCAAGAGAAGCCACACUCGAAGCCGCCACCGCCAGGGUAUGAGCCCACCGCUGCCACUUUUGAGGCCGAGCAGUGCAACAUCUGCUUAGAGAACCGCAAAGACACUGUAUUUCUGCCUUGCCGACAUUUGUGUGCUUGCUGGAGAUGCGCCCUGUGCUUAGCGAAUGGAAAGUGCCCCACUUGCCGGCAUGACAUUGAGGCAAUGCAGUUCGUCUACCAACAGUAG